AUAUUGAAGACGACAAUCAAACUUGAUAACUUCCUAACAACGAUGACUUAAGAAGUUGUUUUCAAUGUUAGUUGACCGUAUUAUCUACAUCUUACCGAAGGUCAUCAACAAAUGAAGCCACUAGCAUAAACUUCACAUCUUGUUAUACCAAAAGCGACUCAGUGCUCAACAUUAAGAUGUUAUUAUAGUGUAAUCAACCAAACAACAAGCAGAAAAAUCAUCAUCAGUAAGAUCUUAUAAGAGCCUAAAUCCAUCUUCAUUCAUUUGGAAAAAUUGAUAUUGGAAAAUGAGGUGGAUAAUAUACGUAGCGGUGCUGAUGAGCGCAGCUUUAUCGCUAAGUGCUGAGGAAGACUCUACCAGUCCCCCCCAUGGAUAUAACUCCCAACAGCAAGGAGGUUCACGUCUUUACCCUAGUCUCACCGGUGUUUCAGACUACAACAACAAUAGAAAUCCCAAUUAUGGACAGCCUGGAAACAACUACAACAGCGGUUCCCAGUAUCCCUACCAACAACCAGGCAACAACCAGCCCUAUCCUAUAGGAACCGGUCCUUACAACAUGUCCUAUUCCGGUUACCCAUCUGGCGUCAAUAACGCAAAUUACAACAACAGGUACAAUUCCUCAUUACCAACCUACCCAAACCACAACAAUCUACCGAGCCAGAACAACUACGGAACCAAUCCACAUAGACCCUUCGGGACCCAGGGUGGAACCGUGAAGAACCCCUAUCAAAACCACCAGAACGCCACAAGGCCCUACAACCCCGCCUACCCUAAUUCUAGACAACCCGCCUAUCCAACCAAUCCAACCUACCCCAAUAACCCCACUUAUCCAAUCAAUCCAACCUAUCCCAAUAACCCCGCCUAUCCUACUAACCCCACUUACCCGAAUAAUUCUAGAUAUCCAAACAAUCCUAGUUAUCCCAACUAUCCAGCCGGUAACCAGGGUUACCGCAACAACGGCACCAGUUACCCAAGGCAACCAGCAACCAAUAGCAAUCCGCAUAGGCCUUUCGGACAGCCUCCUAGGGGCGGAGCCACGCAACCAAAUUAUAACCCCUACUAUAAGCAUUAGGGAGGGGUAGUGUUUUUUUGCCAUAUUUCUUGUAACGAAUUUUGUGUUUAUGUGUAUGAAUAAAUGGGUUUUUGAUGUGACUUUU